AUGUCUGACAACAACUCGCUCUUCGCGAGGCACUACAUCGAUUAUGUCUACGCCCCUGGCCUGCUCCUCGUCGUUGGCACUCUUAUCGUCAAGAAGGAGUGGGCUCCUUGGGCUCUUCUUGUCGCCGUAGCAUUCGGCUUAUACAACUUCAUGGCCUUCCAGGUCAAGACAACCCUCAAGCCCGAUGUCUUUCAGGAGUUCGAGCUCGAGGAGAAGACCAUCGUCUCUCACAAUGUCGCCAUGUAUGCCGACCCCCGUCCUCGCUCUGUCCGCUACCGCUUCAAGCUCCCCAGCCCCAAGCACAUUCUCGGUCUUCCCAUCGGCCAGCACAUCUCAAUUGGCGCUCCUUGCCCCCAGCCCGACGGCACUACCAAGGAGAUUGUUCGUUCCUACACUCCCAUCUCUGGUGACCACCAGCCCGGCCACGUCGACCUCUUGAUCAAGUCUUAUCCUCAGGGCAACAUCUCCAAGCACAUGGCCUCUCUCACCGUCGGUCAGACCAUCAAGGUCCGUGGCCCCAAGGGCGCCUUUGUCUAUACUCCCAAUAUGGUUCGACACUUUGGUAUGAUUGCUGGCGGUACUGGAAUUACUCCCAUGCUCCAAGUCAUCCGCGCUAUCGUUCGCGGCCGAGCUGCCGGAGACAAGACCGAGGUCGACCUCAUCUUUGCCAACGUUACUGCCCAGGACAUUCUUCUCAAGGAGGACCUCGACGCUCUCGCUAAGCAGGACCCUGGUAUCCGCGUUCACUACGUCCUCGAUAAGCCCGAGGAGGGUUGGACUGGUGGCGUUGGCUACGUCACUGCCGACAUGAUCGACAAAUAUCUUCCCAAGCCUGCCGAUGAUGUCAAGAUUCUUCUGUGCGGUCCUCCUCCCAUGAUUAGCGGCCUCAAGAAGGCAACAGAGAGCCUUGGCUUCAAGAAGGCCCGUCCUGUCAGCAAGCUCGUCGACCAGGUCUUUGCCUUCUAA